UUUUUUUUUUAAUUGAUUUUACCAUGUUAUUACGAACAACAAGACAACUUGUUCAAUUGAAACCACAACAAACUCAACUUAUACCAACUUUAGUUUCUUCUUUUCGACUUUAUUCAACUAAAAUUGAUAAUACUCCACCACCUUCUUUUGGUACUUUCCGUGAAACUCCUUCCAUCCUUGGUACAAGAGAUCCUCCUGUUGUAGAUAAAAACUCGUGGCUUCAACGUAAAAAACAAAAGUUACAAGACUUUACUGAUUAUGAAAAAGCCUUUGCUGCUCAUGCUGCUGAACGUCGUCACUUGGUCGAAGAAGCUACCAAGUCCUAUUUUGCCGAUGUUCAUGAAAUGCGAAAACAUGGUGGUAAAAUGUAUUAUGCCUCUAACAAGUUAACUAAACCUGACAAAGCAGGAUAUAUGCCAGAUUUCGAAGUGGCCAAUGUGAAUCGACAAAAGAUACAUACUACUGAACUACUUUUAGGUCAUGUUACUCUCAUGUCUUUUGUCUAUGCGAAAUAUGGUGAACCUCAUGUUAAUUCCUUUGUAAAUCCCUUUUUGGCCAAAUUCAAUAAUACCGAUGGUGUACAACUUGUAGAAUUAAAUGUGCAAGAAAAUGUAUUGAAACAACUGGUAUUAAAGGCAUUUAUUCCAAGUAUCCGUAAAAAUCUUCCUGAAGAUCGCAAGGAUAACUAUAUGUUUUUAUUCAAAGAUAUCACAAAAACAAGAAAAAUGUUGGAUAUGACCAAUCAAUAUAUCGGCUAUGUAUUUCUAGUAGACGAAGAUUGUAAGAUUCGAUGGACUGCUCAUGGUGAUGCGACCGAUGAAGAAGUGGCUAAUAUGUUAGCCAUGACCGAUUAUCUGAACAAAAAACGAACAAACACCAUUGACAAGUUGGAAGAUAAGAAAUGAAGAUUGGAUUAGAAUAGAUUAAUAUAAAAUAGAAUAAAAAUAGAAUGUUAGUACUAGUUAUUGUCUUCGUUUGAUGUAAAUAUAAGUCGUGAAAUAAAACUGCACACUUGAGUAUAUUUUUAUAAA